UGAAAACUAAAUUCAUAGCAAGAACAACAUUAGCUUCAGAAAUUGGCACAAGACAAAUUGGUCAGGCGAAUGCAAAUGAUUGAAUAAUUUUCUUUUAGGAUCGCAGCAAUAAUUUUUGGGAACAAGAUGUGCCAGCAAUGGAUGAUACAAUAUUUAAAGAAAACUUCCGUUUUAGCAGAGAAUCUUUUAAAAAAAUUUGUGAAAAAGUUCAAACGAUAGCUAAAUCGGACACUAAUAUGCGAGCUUGCAUUGCUCUAAAGAAAAGAGUGGCUAUCGGUUUGUUUGCACUUGGUUCUUCUGCCGAAUAUAGGACAGUUGCUAAUUUAUUUGGUGUUGGAAGAAGUACUGUGGGUGAAAUUGUCUUAGAUUUUUGCAACGUAAUUUGUCAAAUAUUCAAUAAAUACAUAUCGUCAUACCCACCUACUAUUGUAGAAAUUAAGGAAACCGUAAACGACUUUUGCAAUCUUGGUUUCCCACAAUGUUUUGGAGCAGUUGAUGGCUGUCAUAUAGAGAUUCGCGGAGGGAAGAAGCCGUUGACUGUUAUAAUUACAAGGGUUGGUAUUCCGUGGUUUUGCUCGCAUGUUGCGAUCAUAGGUCAAAAUUUACCUAUAUUAAUAUUGGGUCUGCAGGAAGAAACAACGACUCAUAUAUCUUUGAAAGAAGUUCAUUGAAAAAAUUUCAUGAAUUCAGUGAUAUCUUCUCCCGACAAUCAAUGGUAAUAGGAGGCGUUCAGGUACCCGUCGUACUUAUUGGCGAUUCGGUGUUCCGUUUAUCGCGGUACAGUAUGAAACCAUACCCUUAUAAACUAAAUCAGCCAAAUAAAGAAAAAGACUUCAACUACUGACUUUCUAAAUGUCGUCGUGUGAUUGAAAAUGCGUUUGGUCAGUUGAAAGCACGGUUUCGCAAAGUAGGCAGAGGUUUUGAAGUAUCACCGGAAAAUGUUAACGUCAUCAUAAAAGCCUGUUGUAUGCUACAUAAUUUUUCAAAAAUAGAAAAUGAUGAUGUUAGGCACACAUGGGUAAGAGAUGCAAAAUCAGCAGCGUCUACAACACCUUCACAACCUAGAUACAUAACAAGAGCUGGUGAAAAUAAUGUGGAGGCGAAAGUUAUAAGAGAUGCCAUCGCAUUAAGUUUUCAAGAGCAAGAGGCUUCAUCGCUAUCAACCGGAGAAGCUACUGGUCUUUCUUCUGAAGGGAGCUCUCUAUUCUUUCAAUGUCCCAUGUUGUUGACAAUUGAUUCUCUACUGGGCUCUCAAGUAGACGACAUUCAGCAUAUGAGUCCUAAAAAAUAUUAUUAUAAUUAAA